AUGGGCCGCAGCAAGAUCAAGGCCUCGCUUUCGAUGGCAGGCUCUAGACUCCACCACGGCGACAACUCCGGCUUCAACAUUGGCCCCAGACGCCCCAGAAUUCCUGCCAUCGCUUCGGUUGGUCGUGGCGAGCUGGAGCGCUCGCGGGACAAGAGUUUCAAGGUCCAGUCCCAAGAUGCACCGUCGCCCGAGGAAGACGCGCAGCCGCAGUGGGCGGCGUCCAAGGUGAAGAUUGCGUCUCCCACGCACAGUUCCAGCAGCUCCAGCGUCAGCCUUACCAGCGACAACAAAAACCUCGAUGUCCGGGCGAUUCCUCUUGAUAUCGUUCCCCAGGCAGUCUAUCGUGUGCCGGGCCCUCGCCUAGGCGAGCUUAUCAACGAUCCAAAGAAGAUCCUCAACCUUGCUGCUGACAAGAUCAUUGUGGACGAGCACACCGACGAGACCAUCCGCAUGCACAUGUUGGAGGUGCUCCCGACGGGCACACUGACCAGCCGACGCGUCAGUAUGCUCGUUGCAGACGGCAUUCGCGUGUGCUUGAUGAUCUGGAACGAGUCCAUGUUCUCCGACCGCCCUUUCUGGGAUCGAGUGGGCUCCUCGCGUGGGUGGCUGCGUCACCUCGGCCCAACCAUCAGCCGCAGCUUCUUUCUGAAGCUGUGCGUCCUCUACGAGUGCGGCUCCAGGAGGACUCCCAACAACAACAUGAUGCGCAUGAUUGCCCAGCUCCGGAGCAAGUUUUUCGUCGAGAACAAGCGCGACCUGGACACGUACCGCGUCUCGACCGGCUCCUCGACCAACCGGUCUCAUGGUCUUCAGCCACCCUCCGUCCCGUUGUCCAGCCGUCAAGGCCCGACCGUCCCCCCUACCAACUCGUCUCGCGGUGUCCAGGGAGCCUCUGGAUUCCACGCGAACCUUCCAAUUCGGCUUGCUCGCCCUCGGCCUUCUGGCUAA